AUGAAGCUCAUCUUUUCUCUGACUCUCAUCUGGGCUUUCUACAGCAAGGUUGGAGCCCUGACAUGUAUGACCUGCACAAACCAGACGUGUUCAAACACAAUACCGGUAACAUGUAGCUCAGAGACGAUGUGUAUAACAGCUACCAUCCUAGCUACUCAAUCUGGAACUUCAGUAACACAGCUCUACAAAGCCUGUGCAGUGUCCUCUCUGUGUCCAGCUACAGGCAACUCAACGUUUUCAGUCAACUUGGGAUCCCAAAGUGCAAUUGCAUCUGCUCAGUGCUGCAACACAGACAACUGCAACUCACAGAUUAUGCCUGCCCCCAGUUCUCAGCCCACUAACUCCCUUCAAUGCCUUAUUUGUGACCCCACAACUUCUCAGUGCAGCACGUCAAUUACCUGUUCAGGAGAUGAGACCAACUGCUUCUCGGCAACUUUGAACGACGGAAAAAACAUAAUUCCUGCACUGGGUUGUGCAUCACCAAACACAUGUACAGCUGCAUCAGGUCUGGGAAGUUUGCCCACUAACAACAACAUCUACUGCAACCACCACAACUACAGCACCAACGACCACAACUACAGCACCAACAACCACCACAACUACAGCACCAACCACCACAGCUAA